CUUCCAGGCCCAGGCCAUGGUGGACAUAAUCCAAGCCCUGGACUGGACGUACGUCUCCACCGUGGCCUCAGAAGGCAGCUAUGGGGAGAAAGGAGUUGAGGCCUUCACACAGCUCUCCAAGGAAGCAGGUGGAAUCUGCAUCGCCCAGUCUUUGAAAAUUCCCCACAACCCCAAGACGGAGGAUUACGACAAAACCAUCCAGCAGCUGCUGGAGACACACCACUCGCGGGCAGUCAUCAUCUUUGCCAAUGAAGAGGACAUACGAGGGGUUCUCAAUGCUACCAAGAGGGCCAAUCAGGUGGGCCAUUUCCUGUGGAUUGGAUCCGACAGCUGGGGGUCCAAGAGCAGUCCGAUCCACCAACUGGAGGACGUGGCGGUGGGAGCGAUCACAAUCCUGCCCAAACGCUCCUCCAUUAAAGGAUUUGAUGAAUACUUUACUGCACUCACCCUGGAGAACAAUCGCAGGAACGUGUGGUUUGCUGAGUUUUGGGAGGAAAACUUUGACUGCAGGCUGCUCAGUGCUUCAAAGCGAGAGGAUUCCAGCCGCAAAUGCACAGGCCAGGAGCGCAUCGGGAUCGACUCCAGGUACGAGCAGGAGGGGAAGGUGCAGUUUGUGAUUGACGCGGUGUACGCCAUGGCCCACGCGCUGCACAACAUGCACAGGGACUUAUGCCCCGAUCAUCCUGGCGUUUGUCCACAAAUGGAGGCUGCAGAUGGAAAGACUCUGCUGAAGUACGUCCGCAACACCAGCUUCAACGGUAGCGCCGGCACCUCUGUUGUGUUUAACAAGAACGGCGAUGCUCCGGGACGCUAUGACCUGUUCCAGAUCCAGAUGACUAACUCCUCUACCCCGGAAUAUAAGGUGGUGGGACAGUGGGUGGAGAGCCUUCAGCUCAGGCUGGAGGAGCUUCAGUGGCCAGAUGGUGAGCAGGAGGUGCCCAUCUCGGUGUGUAGUCUACCCUGCAAAACUGGGGAGCGGAAGAAGAAAGUAAAGGGCAUGCCAUGCUGCUGGCACUGCGAGCUGUGUGAUGGCUACCAGUACCAGUACGACGAGACUUCCUGCAGGUUAUGUGCUUACGACAAGAGGCCCAAUUCUAACAGAACAGCCUGCCAGCUCAUCCCAAUCAUCAAGCUGGAGUGGCACUCACCUUGGGCAGUCAUCCCYGUUUUCCUGGCCAUGCUCGGAAUCAUCGCCACCAUCUUCGUGAUGGCAACGUUCGUGCGCUACAAUGACACACCAAUAGUGAGGGCGUCUGGCCGAGAGCUGAGCUACGUGCUGCUGACCGGCAUCUUCCUCUGCUACAUCAUCACCUUCCUCAUGAUUGCUAAGCCUGACGUGGCCGUCUGUGCGUUCAGGAGGAUCUUUCUGGGCCUGGGCAUGUGCAUCAGCUACGCUGCCCUGCUCACCAAGACCAAUCGGAUCUAUAGGAUCUUUGAGCAGGGCAAGCAGACGGUCACRGCCCCUCGCUUCAUCAGUCCCACAUCCCAGAUUGCCAUCACUUCGAGUUUAAUCUCUGUGCAGCUGCUAGGGGUGCUGGUGUGGUUUGCCGUCGACCCGCCAAACACUAUCAUUGACUACGAUGAGCAAAGAACCAGAAACCCCAUAUUGGCCCGCGGAGUGCUGAAGUGCGACAUCACRGACCUCCAAAUCAUUUGUUCGCUGGGCUACAGCAUCCUGUUGAUGGUGACCUGYACCAUAUACGCCAUCAAGACAAGGGAUGUACCAGAAGAUUUCAACGAAGCCAAGCCCAUUGGCUUCACCAUGUACACCACCUGCAUAGUGUGGCUGGCUUUCAUCCCAAUUUUCUUUGGCACAGCCCAGUCGGCGGAGAAGCUGUACAUUCAAACCACCACUCUGACCAUCUCCAUGAACCUCAGUGCCUCGGUCGCACUGGGCAUGCUCUACAUGCCCAAGGUGUACAUCAUUAUCUUCCACCCUGAGCUGAACGUCCAGAAGAGGAAGCGUAGCUUCAAGGCUGUGGUCACCGCUGCCACAAUGUCAUCCCGUCUGUCUCAGAAGCCCAGCGAGAGGCCCAACGGCGAGGCCAAGACGGAGCUGUGUGAGAACCCUCCUGCUGCUGCUGACCCCAUGAGUCAAGCAACCAAGAAAACAUAUGUGAGUUACAACAACCUCAGGAUCUGAUGUUCUUGGAAACAAAUGUUUUUUUGUUCUUUAGUUGUGAUUGGAAAAAGCAAAGGGAAGCUGCGAGAUCAGAGGGAAGAAAAACAAAGAGAGCGCAGGCAUCCCAGCACCACCUGCAGUACCUAUGCACUCCAGGACUGUGGAUUGCAUCCAACCCUCAUCGAGACCUGAUGCAUGAGUCCCAACAGACACUACAGAGGAGUUCUGAGCCUGUGUGUGAGGACUGGGUCGACCCUCAGAACCAAACUGCARGUUGUAAACUUGUGUUUGUGCCCCGCCCAUUUCACCGUCUCUGACAGAGAUGAACUCACCUGCUGAGGGGGGUCACCAAUGACGGGGAGAAACACACAAAAAAAAAAAAACCCGACAGCGGAUUUGCUUCAAGAUAUUUUCUUUUUGAAAUGUCAUUAAAGCCAUAUUCUCUUGAGGUGUCCAUUACCUGAUUUUACUUUUUUUUGUAUUGUUUCAGUGAUGUUUUUUUAUUUUUAUUUUCUGUGCCUCUUUUCUGUCAGAGUUGGUUUAAAUGACCUUGAACAGCGAGCUCUGCCACUUAUAACUUUUUUCUUUGAAACAAAUUCAACCCUAUUUUUUUUCUUUGUUUUUUUAUGUUGGAGUGAUGGGCAUUGUGAGUAUAUAUACAUAUAUAUAUUUUGUAAAUAUUUGAGAGUAUUUUCAUGUUUUGAGAACACAAAAUAGAUAUCCAGUCUUUGUUCUGUUUGGAUUUGGAUGGUAACGAAAAGCACCACAAAGUGUUCACUUUGCAUGUGCCAAUGUAUGUCUGUUCUAUUUGAUGUAAACUUGACAAAAAAAGAAGAAAAUAAAAGAAGAGAAAAAAAAUAAAAAUGAGAAAUAAAUUCAGAAACUUGACGAUGAGCUUCUGCAUCCUUCUGCAGUUUGUUUUCCUUCAGCAGGUGUGAACUCUGUUAAAAUAUGGAAUAUGGCUUUAAAGUGUUUCUGGAAGCAUGUUUGUUUUCUAUAGUUUUGUACCGGGUCUGUUUGACCUGAUGAAGGGGGAACAUUCACAUCAGCAGUCAUGCAAGUAUGUUGUGAUGUCUGUCAAUUUAUGAACAUGUAAUAAUAAUAAUAAAAAAAGCGUUUGUUAUUGUUUAUACAAUGAAACUGAGCAACA